CGGCGGCACAAGAAGAAGCGGAGGAAGGAGGCGGGCGCCGCGUCCUGCUUCUCCAGCAUCAAGAUCUUCCUGGUGUCCGAGUGCGCCCUCAUGCUGGCCCAGGGCACGGUGGGCGCCUACCUGGUGAGUGUUUUGACCACCUUGGAGCGACGAUUCAACCUUCAGAGUGCCGAUGUGGGCGUGAUCGCUAGCAGCUUUGAGAUUGGGAACCUGGCCCUUAUUCUCUUUGUGAGCUACUUUGGAGCCCGGGGACACAGGCCACGGUUGAUAGGGUGCGGAGGGAUCGUCAUGGCCCUGGGUGCCCUCCUGUCUGCACUGCCUGAGUUUCUGACCCACCAGUACGAAUAUGAAUCUGGAGAAAUACGGUGGGGGGCUGAAGGGAGGGAUGUGUGCGCUGCCAACGGGUCCACCAGCAACGAGGGACCAGACCCAGAUCUUAUCUGCAGGAAUAGGACUGCCACCAACAUGAUGUACUUGCUUCUCAUUGGAGCACAGGUCCUCCUAGGCAUUGGUGCUACUCCUGUACAGCCUCUAGGAGUUUCCUACAUCGAUGACCAUGUGAGACGGAAAGAUUCCUCCCUAUACAUAGGGAUCCUGUUUACGAUGCUGGUAUUUGGACCAGCCUGUGGAUUUAUCUUGGGCUCUUUCUGUACCAAAAUCUACGUGGAUGCUGUCUUCAUUGACACAAGUAAACUGGACAUCACUCCCGACGACCCUCGGUGGAUUGGCGCAUGGUGGGGAGGCUUCCUGCUCUGUGGUGCCUUACUUUUCUUCUCGUCCCUCUUCAUGUUUGGAUUCCCGCAGUCCCUGUCCCCCCGGCCAGAGCAUACGGUAGAAAGCGAGCAAGCCAUGCUUCCCGAACGAGAAUACGAGAGGCCUAAGCCAAGCAAUGGCGUCCUGCGGCACCCGCUGGAGGCAGACGACAGCACAACUUGCUUCCAGCAGCUGAGAGUGAUCCCCAAGGUGACAAAGCACUUACUUUCCAACCCUGUCUUCACCUGCAUCGUCCUGGCUGCCUGCAUGGAGAUUGCUGUGGUCGCUGGCUUUGCUGCCUUCCUGGGGAAAUACCUAGAGCAGCAGUUCAACCUCACCACUUCAUCAGCUAAUCAGCUCUUAGGCAUGACAGCAAUCCCAUGUGCAUGUCUGGGCAUAUUCCUGGGCGGUCUCCUGGUGAAGAAGCUCAGCCUGUCUGCACUCGGAGCCAUCAGGAUGGCCAUGCUAGUUAACCUGGUGUCCACAGCUUGUUACGUCUCGUUCCUCUUCCUGGGCUGUGACACAGGUCCUGUUGCUGGGGUUACUGUUCCCUAUGGAAACAACGCAACUCCGACCUCACCCUUGGACCCAUAUUCCCCCUGCAAUAACAACUGUGAAUGCCAAACCGAUUCCUUCACUCCAGUCUGUGGGGCAGACGGGAUCACGUACUUAUCCGCCUGCUUUGCUGGCUGCAACAGCACGAAUCUCACUGGCUGCGCAUGCCUCAGCUUGGUCCCAGCCGAGAACGCUACAGUCGUGCCCGGAAAAUGCCCCAGUCCUGGUUGCCAAGAAGCCUUCCUGACAUUCCUCUGCGUGAUGUGUGUUUGCAGCAUGAUUGGAGCCAUGGCACAGACACCGUCGGUUAUCAUACUGAUCAGAACCGUGAGCCCUGAACUGAAAUCCUAUGCUUUGGGGGUGCUCUUCCUGCUUCUCCGUCUGCUAGGUUUUAUCCCACCUCCCUUGAUCUUUGGGGCUGGAAUUGACUCAACAUGUCUGUUCUGGAGCACGUUUUGUGGCGAGCAAGGAGCUUGUGCACUGUAUGACAACGUUGUCUAUAGAUACCUGUAUGUUAGCAUUGCGAUAGCGCUGAAAUCUUUCGCGUUCAUCUUAUAUACAACCACCUGGCAGUGCUUGAGGAAAAACUAUAAGCGGUACAUCAAGAACCACGAAGGUGGGCUUAGCACUAGUGAGUUCUUUGCCUCUACUCUCACCCUAGACAAUCUGGGGCGGGACUCUGUGCCCCCUAACCAGUCACAUAGGACAAAAUUUAUCUAUAAUCUUGAAGAUCACGAAUGGUGUGAAAAUAUGGAGUCUGUUUUAUAGUGACUAAGGAUGGAUGAACUCUAUAUUAAUAUAAGGGUCCUUUUUAUUAAAAAAAGAGAGGAAAAAUUAAAAUAAAAAAAAAACCCACAGGAAACUUUUUGUCCUUUUCUCAAAAUCAGACCUAGGUGAGAUUCAGAAUAUCGAAAUCUUUGAAUGGGAUCAUCUUUGAAAUCCUGCAGGAGUGAUGGAGAAAACAUAAACCCAAGAUGGCUGGGUACCAGCCCCUUCAAUGAGGGUACGAUCUUCCAGGAUGGAAACAGCUGCAAGGGCAUCAGUAGCUGCAAAUCCACUGUUUCAUUGGAGAGCUCGGUGGAUGGACCUUCUUGGGCACAAGACAAGAAGAAGCAAACAAACAAUGGCAAUCCAAGAUAAGCAUUUGUGACACUGCAUGCUGUUCAGGAUAUAUGCAGCCCUGUCACCUUUGCAAUAUGGGCUAAAGGCUUAGCCAGUCUGGGUGCUGUUCAAACCCAGUGCACUCUCUCAGCAAUGUCAAAGAGGGAACAGUGCUGGAGUUAAUCAACUAUUUACACUCUGUCACCAGCCAUGUUUCCAUAUUAAAUACCUUGAACGCUGCUGGAAACACUCCCCCCGGCUUACACCUCGUGGGCAAAGGUCUCAGUGCCCUUCCAGCAGUGACCAACUCAUGGGUCUCAGAUUUUGGUCCUCUGUGAAUGGCUGGGCUCAGAUCUGUGAAACCCAAUAUAAAAGUCAAGUCAUUUGCUUACACUUGCCAAAAGCUCUGUCAUUUUUAGAAGGGGAUGCAUUCCAGAUACUUUGUCUGCGUAAUCCUCUGAGGAGAGUUUUUUUAAACUAUUUUCAAAUCUAUGUUAACCCUUAAAUCGCUGACAGUUUUCUAUAAGGGGAAUUUAUGAUACCGAUUGCAUUAUCUUCCUGUUUCUUUUUCAAUACACAACAAAUAUAAAUUUAUUCAAGGUU